CAUCAUAAUCAUAACCUCAAAAAAAAUUUAAAUGGAUAAGAAAACAAUGUGUGCAAUGUUAAAUUAAAUGUUCAAUGCAAAAUUCUUUAGAUUAUUCGUUUCUAUAUUAUAAAUAAACCUCAGUUGAUCAUUAACAAUGCCUGUGAAAUCUAAAAUAUCGCAAGCCAAGCGCAACAAUCAGAAAAAAAAUAAGCUGGUCAAGCAAGGCGUUAUCAAAAAAGCCACCAAAAAGCCCAAAAACAACAACAUCCCCAAUCAAAUUAAGCAAACCCUGCAAGACUACUCUGAAGAAGAAAGCGAUCAUGGCGAAGACAUGCUUCAAAUGGUCGACGAAGAAGAUUUGGACUUUUUGAAGCAGGCAAUCGCAAAUAGGAGCUACAAUUUACUGGAUAAAGUUUCCUACAAAACUAAAGCUAAAAAAAGGAAGCUGCAGACAGAUGAUGAAACUUUGGAAAACGAAUAUGAAGAACAAAUGGAAGACACUAGUGGGAAACGAGUUAAAGCUUUGUUACCUAUUAAGACUAAAAAAGGAUUUGUGCAUAAGGAAAUAGUGGAAGAUAUAAUUGAAGAAGAACAACCUAAAAAAGCAACAAUUCAAAAAGCUGACAUCGUUGAAACUGAAGAAAAUGAAUCAGAAGUUGAAGAAAUCUUCACCUUGCAAGAAACUGACAUUGAUUUGAGUAAACCAAUAUCAGCCACCCAACUUUUGGCAGCCAGAAAUGAGGCUUUAAGACAAAAGAAAAUACAUAUUGGGACUCUAAGUUCAGGUUUACUAGAAAACCCUGAAGAAAAAGUGACAAAUUUGAGAAGUUUAAUAAAACUUCUAGACGAUGAUGUACCUGAAACAUAUUUUACAGUUAAAAAAUUAGUCAUUGUAUCAUUGCUUGAAGUAUUUAAGGACAUCUUGCCUGAUUACGAACUCAAGAAUUUCAAUCCUGAAAAUGUAAAAUUGAAAAAGGACACAUUAAAGCUGCAAAAAUAUGAGGUGAUUUUGUUAGCUCACUAUAGGAAGUUUUUACAAAAAUUGGAGUCAUAUUGUUUUAUGGUUGCCAAAAAAAAAGGAGAUUCAAGGAAGAUUUCAGAGGAAGAAGUAAAAGUCGCUGAACUAUCAGUCCAAGCCAUGUGCGACCUACUAAUUGCCCACCCCUAUUUCAACUACGCUCAUAACAUUUGCCAAGUGCUUGUACCAUUUUUAAACAACCCCCGUAAAAACAUUAGGGAAAUAGUAAAACCCGCUAUUUGCACUGUAUUCAAAGAAGACAAAAAAGAAGAAGUCACCCUGAAAAUAUUACGCCUAAUAAACAAUUAUUUAAAAACCCAUACACAUGUUUGUGUGGAUAUGUUGGAGGUUUUGCUAGUCUUAAACUUAAGAGACGUAAAUAUAAACAUUAAAAUGGAGCAAGAAAUUAAAAACAAAAAGUUGCAAGCUAAAAAAGGUAGAUUGCUGCAAAUGUCUAAAAGAGAGCGAAAGAGAAAGAAGAAAUUGAAAGAAUUGGAACAAGAGAUGCUUGAAACUAAAGCCGAAGAAAGUAAGCAAGUGAAACAAAAAAACCAAACUGAAAUAAUUACAGUUAUUUUUAAUAUAUAUUUCCGGAUUUUGAAGAAUUCUGAAAAUAAUAAGUUGCUUAGUGCUUGUUUGGAAGGCUUAACUAAGUUUGCUCAUUGUAUAAGUUUGGAAUAUUAUGUGGAUAUGGUUAAUGUUUUAAAUCAUUUAUUAAAGGAAGAUUGGUUGGGAUACAAGGAACAAUUACACUGUAUUCAGACACUUUUUAUUAUGUUGAGUGGACAAGGAGAAGCUAUUGACAUUGACCCUACAAGGUUUUAUGUGCAUUUAUAUGAAGACCUCUUUGUAACAAGUGCCUGCAACACCCAUAGAAAUACUUUACUAGUAUUAAAAACCCUUGUAGAUGCUUUAAUUAAAAGACGCAAAAAAAUAACUAAUAAAAGGAUUAUAAAUUUUGUUAAAAGACUAGCAAUAUUUAGCUUGCAACUUUUGCACAACGGUGCUCUAGGUUGUCUAGGCCUUUUGGCAAACAUAUUCCAUUUGAACAGUUCAGUGGAUAUUUUGUUGGACCUGGAUAGUUCCAGUGGAGAAGGCAAAUAUCAGCCUUACAUAAACGAUCCUGAGUACGCCAAUGCUUCAGGCACAGCAUUAUUUGAAACAGUUUUAUUAAACAGGCAUUAUCAUCCAGUAGUGAAAAUGUUUGCUAAAUAUAUUGCCAGUGGUGCUCCAUCAACAGGAGAUGCAAGUUUACCUCAUCAAUAUAGUAAAUUAACUGUUGAGGAACUUUUUGAGAAAUUUGACAUGUUUGAGAUGGGUUUUAAUCCCCCAGUGCCUGUGCCUUCUAAAAAUGUAACACCUAAAGGUAGGCCUAGCAGAAGUGAUUUCAUUGAUUAUUCAUUUUAUGAAGAGUGCAACAAUGUGUUGAGGAGUAAGGAGGCAACUGGACCUUUGUGGAUUAGUAUUUAAUUAUAUUUCAACCACAUAAAUAAUAGGUUUUUUGUGAGUAAAAACUUAAUAUAUAUUAAAGUUAAAAAUACAAAGCUACAAAUACAAUAUUCUUAUUUUUCAUAAGUUAUUUUACAUUGUUUCAUAUUAGUUCUAAGUAUAUUCAAAAUCCUAUCCCUAUCCGUAACGUAAGGCAAACCAAAUAUGGUCAAAGUUUGUAGUUUUUGCAGUUUGGCCAAAUGCUCAAGACCAGUUUCCACUACAUUUCCGCACCUGGAAACUUGCAAACACAACAAAGUAUCUUGCACAUAAUGCAAUUCUUUUAGAGCUUCAUUCUCCAUAUGAUUGCACUUGUCCAAAAUAAUCUUACUGAUACGUUUGCAGUUUUUCAAGUGCUCAAAACCAUUUGCCAUUAUUGAGCUGCCAGUGGCGUCUAUUUCUUGUAUUCGGACUUGGACUUCGUCUUUUGGGAGUUUAUUGUAGUCUUCGUGGUAUUCAUCUGCGUUUACCCAUUUAACUCUGCCUCCAUUACGCAAAAUCCAUUCGGCACAAACACGAUCUGGCCCUACUUGUUUCAAUCUGAAUUCGUCUAAAGCGUUAAAUUGUAAGUUUAUCCAAUGGAAUAAUGAUCUUCGUUGGAUGUUGAAUAUUAUGGGGUUUUUACACGUUUGAAAUAAGGACAUGAUUAAAAUAUAAUGAUAAUUAAAAUGAAAAGGUGUAGGGUUUGGGCUAUUUUCAUGUAAGCGUUUCACCUUUUGUG